CCAUAGUUGCAGUAUAACACUAAAACACACACUCAAUAGUUAGUUCAUUCGCAAAGGACUUAGCUUAUUUUGUGAUAAAUUUUGUUGUUGUUGUUGAAAUGUCUCGCUUUUUCCACCACCGCAAGGAGGAGAAGCCGGCGACGGACGUCGACGACGUCGCCACCAGAGGUGAUGAGGUGAGCGGGGGCGGGUACGAUGAUGACUAUAAGAAAACGUCCGACUAUUCUGGCGGCGGAACUGAUCAGUACGGAGACGCUGGAUACGGUGGCGAUGAUUAUAAGAAAAAGUCUGAUUAUUCGAGCGCCGGAACCGAUGACUACGGCGGCGGCGGUGGUGGUGAUGAUUACGGUGAUGAUUACAAGAAAAAGUCUGAUUACUCUAACGUCGAUACCGACCAGUAUGGCGGUAGCGGUGGUGGUGGUGGUUACGGUGACGAUGAUUAUAAGAAAAAGUCUGAUUACACUACCACCGAUACCACCGAUAACUACGGAGGUGGAUACGGCGAUGACGAUUACAAGAAAAAGUCUGACUAUUCUAGCGGCGGAGGUUAUGACCAGACCGCCGAGGAUGACUCGGAAAAGUACGAGAAGGAGGAGAAGCAGCACAAACACAAGGAGCACCUCGGCGAGCUUGGCGCGGUCGCCUCCGGCGCCUAUGCUUUGUAUGAAAAGCAUCAGGCAAAGAAAGACCCCGAGCAUGCCCACAAGCACAAGAUCGAGGAGGAGGUCGCCGCGGCGGUUGGAGUUGCGAGCGGCGGGUUCGCCUUCCACGAGCACCACGAAAAGAAGGAGUCAAGAAAGGAAGCCGAGGACGCCGAGUACUAGGAGGGGGGAAUAUUGAAACUAGUAUCUGUGUUGAUAUUAUGUGUUUUUAAGCUUAUACUCAAAAAUGAUUAAAAAAAAAAGAAGUAAUAUUGUAAGUACUACAGUACGUAUUUCAAAUUACGGUUGAUGAUGAGUUACGUGAUUUGCCGUGAUAUCUGACCCAUCAACUGCACUUGAGAUACAAUCUGGGGUACAUGUGGGAUUACUGUGUGUUGUUUAAUGAUUAAGAUGUGUUAUAUUUGUGAUUACAUAUAGAUAUAAGUGCGGAUUUGGCUUGGCUCCGCAGUGGUGUAAUAAUAAAUGGGUUUAAAUGUAAUGUUGUUGUGAAGAUAUUUUAUAUAUA